AUGAAUGCCGAAUGGGAUAGCUACAAUGAGGAAGAAGAUCCGACGUACAAAGGAGAAAGCAUGGUAUUCAGCAGAUUACCACCAGAACAUGAGUUGUACAAACCCCACAAGCGCGCGGGGUACAAUCCAAAAGCAGAACAUGACUACUCUUUGAGCUAUCGCCCGGACGGCAUGGCUGAAAACUCCAAGUUCAUCAAAGAGAUUGCAACAGCCGAUAUUGACAAAACAAAACUGCCACACAACGUGGGCAAAUACAAUAGCUUAACAGAUCCUGACGAUCACCUCCAAGUUUUCAAUGGCGCAGGAGUAACAGGAGCCUGGAACUUACCAACUUGGUGUCAUCUUUUUGCACAAACCUUUGUCGGCGCGGCGCGCGUCUGGUUUGAUAGCUUACCAGCAGGGAGGAUCAAGUCAUGGAUCGAUUUUCGCGACAAGUUCCUCGCACAUUUUUCUCAACAGCGCAGGCACACUAGAGAUCCAGCUGAUUGUUUGAAUAUAUGGAGGAAAGAUCACGAAAGCGUGGAAGAUUUCAUCACCAGAUAUAACAAAGAAUGUUUGGAAAUCGGAGACGUAGGCGAAAAGAUGAUGCGCGCACACUUUAUGAGGGCAGUAAAGUGCAACGACUUGAUUAAGCGAUUGAAAGGCAGAGACGGAGGCCCCAAAGAUUGGGAAACCUUCAUCGAGGCAGCAAAAACAAUUGCGCGCACUGACAAGCAGUUGACCGGUGAUGACAACCGUCAAUAUAGUUACAACCACAAUGAUCGGCGCAACAAGAAAGGCAAAGGCCAACCAUGGAAAACAUCUGGUUACAGGGAAAGAAGCCCGGCAAGGGAAGACGCGCGCAACACGAUCAACCAAAUCGCCCAUUGCAAAAAGUUCAAACCACCUCUACAAUUGCGCAACAAGAGAGGUCAAGACCCAAAUCUUUUCUGUGAAUUCCACAAAGACACUGGUCACUUAACCGAUGACUGCUUUAGCCUAAAGCAGGAGAUAGAAAGAGCCCUAAGGGAUGGAAGGCUCACACACCUGGUAGAAGGCGGGAAGCGCGAUAAUCAUCAAAUCCAUAGAAGAGAAGAAGGGCCAGACAACAAAAGGCUGCGAAAGUUAGAAACUCACAUGGUUCAAGGGGGUCCACGAAGGCCAAGAAAGAAUUAUAACAAGCGCACACAAGAUGACUCAUGGCGUGAAAGACAAGUUGUCUUCCCCAUAGUAAGAGGAGGUCCAAGAGAGAGAAGGCCCAUAGUCAUAUCUGGGGUAAUCGGUCAUUACCAAACCGACUACAUUUUCAUUGACCCAGGGAGCACCGCAGAUAUCAUAUACGAACAAUGUUUCAAUCAAUUCGACCAAGAGGACAAGGCGCGCUUGGAACCAGUUGAUUACCCAGUAACUGGUUUCUGCAACGAAGUCGUCUUUCCUCUCGGCCAGAUAUCAUUUCCGGUGCUGCUCUCAGAUGAAAGGAAUUCAAGAACAGAAGAAGUUACGUUCAUGGUGCUGCCUGCACAUUCAAGACAUGAUAUCCUUCUGGGCAGAGAAUCCUAG